CCUGUGUUCAAGGCCGUGCUCUUUGGUCCUUGGAAAGAGUCAAGCCCAGCAAAUGGAUCAGACUGGACCGUCACAUUACCAGAGGACGACCCUUGUUGAUUUUAGGCUCAUACUCAACAUCGCACAUGGCAAUUUUACUGGUGUGUCAAGAGCCAUCUCGUUUGGCGCAGAGCUUUACAACCUACUCAUCCUUUGUGACAAAUACGACCUGACAGCGUUGAUCGGUCCCUGGGUUAGGAAGUGGCUUUUCCUGUUCCACAUUCAGCAUGUGAUGCCAGUACCAAUGCUGCCAUUCAUCAUCUGGGAAAGACUCAUCCAACUAAGAGUCGAGCUCAAUAGAGCGCGGAUGACGCGGGCCUUUAAGGAACAGAGCGCAGGUUUUCAUCGCUACAUGCUGGCAUCGAACCAUUCCUUUAACAAGGGCACGGGGGAGGUUGUGGUCGGUGUCAGCGCUCUGGGGGCGCGAGUUGGGGAAUUGCUGGAUUGGAUGGCAGAGGGGUUUUAUACUAUCGUGAAAGAAAGUACUCGUGAUCCUGUGGUGCCGGAGACUCUGAUUGGAUACUGGAAUUACGACAAACACUGGACUGUACAAUGGGGAGGUCGUUUUGUGUCACCAGAGGACAUGGAAUAG